AUGCGGGAAGUGUUUCUUUUCUUCUUUCAUUUGAAAAAUACGCUGGAUGAAGCUCUUCGAGAACUACAAAAAGUUUAUGGCAAUGCUGCUUUAAGCGAAACUAUAUGCUGUGAUUGGUUCAGUCAGUUCAUAGACAGUGGUUUCGAUAUUGAUGACUGUCAAAGUAAAGGAAAGCUAAAUUCAACGAAGUCGCUGUCUUCAAAUUUGUAUCUGAUUGAAUCAGUGGCUGAUGCAAAAUCCGCUAGCCUCAGCAUAAGCAGUUGCUCACAAAGUCAUUUACAAGUUAUCACAUCUAUUGAAAGUAUUUCAAAAGCAAGGAGCCUGGAUUCCUUAUUAGUUAAAGUCAAAAUGUUACAAAAAGAAGAGUUAUAUUCAUAG